AAGACGCAAUGCACGCCUGUGACGUCAUUUCUACGCGACCAUCUUUCUUGGCCUUCAGUUUUUUUGGCUGUUCCUUUGCGCUAUGCCGAAAGUAGUGUCCAGGUCGGUAGUUUGCUCCGACACCCGGGACCGGGAGGAGUAUGACGACGGCGAGAAGCCCCUCCACGUGUACUACUGUCUGUGCGGCCAGAUGGUCCUGGUGCUGGAUUGUCAGUUAGAGAAAUUGCCCAUGAGGCCCCGGGACCGGUCCCGUGUCAUUGAUGCAGCCAAACAUGCCCACAAGUUUUGUAACACAGAAGAUGAGGAAACCAUGUAUCUUCGAAGGCCUGAAGGCAUUGAGCGGCAAUACAGGAAGAAGUGUGCAAAGUGUGGACUGCCACUCUUCUACCAGUCCCAGCCGAAGAAUGCUCCCGUGACCUUCAUUGUGGAUGGAGCAGUAGUCAAGUUUGGCCAGGGCUUUGGGAAAACGAACAUAUAUACUCAGAAACAAGAGCCUCCUAAGAAGGUGAUGAUGACCAAACGGACUAAAGACAUGGGCAAGUUCAGUUCUGUUACUGUGUCUACCAUUGAUGAAGAGGAGGAGGAAAUUGAGGCUAGAGAAGUUGCUGACUCAUAUGCACAGAAUGCCAAGGUUAUUGAAAAACAGCUGGAGCGCAAAGGCAUGAGCAAGAGGCGACUGCAAGAGCUGGCUGAACUGGAAGCCAAGAAAGCAAAAAUGAAGGGGACCUUGAUUGACAACCAGUUCAAAUGACCAAGACUUUUCUCUGAGCCCAAACUGGAGGCAAGCAUUUAGAUCAGAAGGAAAAGUAACUUCUUGAUUAUAUGGACUGGUUCCUAUUUAUGUCCCAGCAGAAGGUUUUACGUUGCUUUCCAUUAAUUCUCCUACAUUGAGAGAGGUCUUUAACUGAGUCCAUUUGACCUGCUUUCUAGGAGAUAGAUUUUUCUAAGUCUUUCUGUAUAUAGGCUUUCUGUACGAUUUUUUGUCCAUUUGAUGUAACUUCUUCAGCUGUGUAGAAACUUUCUGAAUAGAUCAGUGCUUGAGUGUCUCUAGUUUCUAAAGUGGCUGUUUUUAUUCCUUCUUCAAAGUUAAUAAAAUGUUUAAAGAUUUUUUGAAAAGUA